CUGUUCCUGACACCCAUGUACGACAAGGAGCUGGCGAGGAUGUUCCCGUACAAGGAGGCGGUGUUCCACCACCUCGGUCGGUACCUCUUGCACCCGACCAACAGGGUGUGGGGGAUCGUGAGAAGGUACUACGAGGCAUACCUCGCGGGGGUGGAUGAGAAGAUCGGGUUCCAGAUCAGGAUCUUCCCGGAGAGGCCGGUCAAGUUCGAGAACAUGUACGACCAGCUCACCAGGUGCAUCAAGGAGCAGCGGCUGCUGCCGGAGCUCGGAAAGGCGGAGCCGGCGGCGAACGCGUCUGGCGAUGGGAAGGUGAAGGCCGUGCUGAUCGUGUCCCUGUACUCGGGAUACUACGACAAGAUCCGGGGCAUGUACUACGAGAACCCGACCAAGACAGGGGAGAUCGUGGCGGUUUACCAGCCGAGCCACCAGGAGAAGCAGGAGUCCGCCUCCAACGAGCACAACCAGAAGGCACUGGCGGAGAUCUACCUGCUCAGCUACUGCGACAAAAUCGCCACGAGCACCUGGUCCACGUUCGGGUAUGUUGCCUACGGCUUCGCCGGCGUAAAGCCGUGGAUCCUGCUCCGGCCGGACUGGGACAAGGAGAUGUCCGACGUCGUGUGCGUCCGGUCCACGUCCGUUGAGCCGUGCCUGCACUCGCCGCCCAUCCUCGGGUGCCGGGCGAGGGAGGAGGUCGACGUGGCCCGUGUCAAGCCAUACGUCCGGCACUGCGAGGACGUCCGGUCCGGUCUCAAGCUGUUCAAUAGCUAAACAUGGAGCUAGUAUCGUGUUCUGUUUCGCUCCAUGUUGCGAAAACGGCAUAAGUACGGUUUUUCUAAAGUUGUCUUCUUUCCCAACUGGAAUAAUUAGGUGUUUGGGGUUGUCCUUCAA